AUCAGCAGUGUCAGUGUGUGACUAUAGACUAGUACUGGUAGUUCCUCUCUUAAUUUAUGGUUGCCUUCACAAGCUAAGACUGUUUGUUCGGCCUCUAUUUUCAUCCCUGGUCUAAUCUCAAGUACUCUUAAGAAGUUGUAAAAGUCCUGUUCACUUUCAUGCCUCACUGCACGAGCUCGCUCACCCACGUUGCACAUUGGCCAGAUUCUUGUUGUGAAGAGAAACCCUCAACUUACAUCAUUGCACUAGUGUCCACUUGAAAAUUGAUGAUAGUUGUUUUUUACUGCCACGGCUAAUUGGUUUACCAUGCGUAUACAUUUUAAUUACGGAAUUCUGAGUAACGGUUUACUCGGUACUCGAUUCCGCGCAUGAUCAGACGAUAUACUGGAGUUCAGAUGUACUCAAGAGAUUGCGCACAGUUUUGUGUUGAUCAGUGCAUUAUAGCUCCAUGAUCAGUGUGGUACAUUGCACUGUAUGCAUCCACCAGUUGUGUCAUGCUGGUUAUUGCCAGAGGUGGUUUCUGUUUUGUGGCCGACGGAACUGGUAAUAGUCUCAUUCAGUGAAUUGGUUAAGUCCGCUGCACUCGUAUCCGGGUAUUGGCAGAGGUGGGCCGUCAUUGUGAAGUGGAGGGCUUUUGAUUGAAGUGUGGACUUUCUGUUCCCGUCUCAUUCAACCGGUUAUUUCAGAGCACUCGUAUCUCGGUGUCUCAUUCAUCCGGUCAAUUCACAGCACUCGCAUCUCGAAAAUGGAUUGAAAGUGAUCUUGCCUCCAGUGUCUUAAACUUAGAGGGAAAAACGCCUUCUGAGAAAAGUGUCUGACUUCUUAUGAGUCAGGUAGACACCGAAACUGUCUAUAUUAUGGCAGUGUCGGGCAGUUCCACAAUGGACACGACUGGUACUUUUAACAUCUUAGAUUUUACAAAUUGGGACCCUGCCAAUGCCACUAAUUCUACCAAGGAGGCUCCAGGACUACAGCCACCGUACUGGGACCUGCCCAUCGUUAUUGUUUUAGCCGUGAUACUGUCAGUCAUCAUGGUGAUCAGCAUCAUCGGCAACUCCCUCAUCAUCCUGACUAUCGUCUUCUUUAAAGGGAUGCGGAGCAAGACCAACUUGUUCAUCACCAACCUGGCCUGCGCGGACCUCGGAGUCUCGGUUCUCUGCAUGCCCUUCUCGCUUCUGACUGUCAUCCAGGGCGACUGGACUUUUGGCCCAGCGCUCUGCAAUGCCAACGCCUUCUUUGAGGCCUUGUUCCUAGUGGCCUCCACCCAUGGGCUGAUGGCGAUCGCCCUGCACAAGUUCUCCUCACUCGUCUUGCCGUUGAGACGCCUUGUCAACCUGCGUCGUGCUAUCUGCAUGGUCGCCUUCGCCUGGUUCAUCGGUCUCACCUGUGCCAUCGGCCCAUUGAUUGGGCUCACCGAGAACGUCUACAAACCUGGAACCUCCCAGUGCGGGCCCAAGUACCCAGAAAAAAUCUCUGAGAAAUUAAUCGGAUUUUACGUUCCUCUGGUCGGCAUUGUCAUCCCUCUGACAUGUCUCAUCAUUGCCUACAGUGUCAUUUUCAACACGAUUCGCAAAUACAGCCGGCGGCUUCGCAGCCACACCAACAUGACGGAGGACAAGAUUUUCCACCAGCAGAAACGCAUCACCAUCACCCUCUUCAUCGUUUUCGUCGCGUUCUUCAUUUGCUGGACGCCUUACUUUGUGUACUCAUGCUUGGGGUUCUCCCUGGGCUUUCAUCGAAUCCCCACCAUUCUGAACGUUGUCGCUUACUGGAGCGGUUACACCAACUCGGCCCUGAAUCCCAUCAUCUACGCGUGGAGGGCUAAGUCGUACCGAAAGGCUUUCAAGAAGAUCUUCUGUUGCGAUACAAAAGGCGGCCUCAUUUCAGACACUGGAACAGCAUACAAUGGAGACAGCUCCUCCAUUGCCUUGAGGCUGAGUAGGACUCAACUGAGUAUAGUGACCAAGGGACUAGCAUGCAGACAAAGUCCAUGCUGUAGCCAAGUCUGGGGCCAGCAGGGCAGAAAGUCAGCACACAGCAUUACAGGGGAUAAAGAAUUCGCGUCUCCAGCUCCGCUGCGUCGGGCUCGUAUUUUCCAGGGCGCCUUCCAAGGGGCUCAUCUAUCUGGCAGUAAGACAAGUAGCAUGAGUAGCAUCCUGAAACCCUCACCGGUUCCCCGCAGGCCGGUACCCGGCAGCAACAACGCCACAGCCGCCACCAACGCCUCGGAGGACAAAACAAACCACAACACUAUCUGGCUCCGAAAGUUGGCCAGCAACGGAAACGCCGUCAAUCAUUUCCAGGACGAUUCAAGCGACGAGGAGGAAGUGUUCGCCUCGGACGCGUUACUGAGACGGAGCAACAGCGAAGCCGACAAGGACGGGUUGGAGAGGCGGCAUUUUGAGCUCGCGCCCAGGCCUGGGGGCCGACUCCGAUACCGCUCAGAUCCCGGCAAGAGCCAAUCAAGACAGCCGCUUUCGAACAGACUCAAACAACGGGAGCCUGCACAGCAGGUCAUCACUGACCAACACUGGGAGCCGGACGCAAAGGCAAGGAGAGCACUGCUCGGACAGUCAACAAUAGUAUGACCCAUGAAACAGCGCCCUCAGUUGAUUUUACGUUACAAGCUGCAGGCAGCAUUGCUUAUUUUGUUUACAUCUUGCCUUUUUAAAGAAAAGCUUUUUAAUUGACUCUGGUAGUAUUUAAUAGAACUAAAUGAUCAUUUUUAACAUUAUUUAUUCUUUAAAUUGACAAAUGAAAUGGAAGUAAUCAUCUUUUAAAAAAACUUCUUAAAGCCUUGGUCACAAAGUAAAAAUCAACCAAGAGAUAUUAAAUGUCCUGAUUUGGGCGAUCCAGGCAAUAAUUCAAUGUCGAUAGUUUUCUACAAUAUUAUUAUUAUUAUUAUUAUUAAUCAUUU